AUGCAUAUCAUUAAGCCCGUUUGGCUGACACAUGGGGGCGAACGGAAGGAUUUCGAAGUCUAUAGUUGUGAUGUAUCCCCCGAUGGGAGUCGCUUGGUGACAGCUGCUGGAGAUGGAUACGUUCGGAUAUGGUCGACAGAGGCGAUCUGCAACACCGACGACCCGGACCAAGCCAGUAAGCCGAAACAGCUGGCGUCGAUGAGCAAUCACUCUGGAACGAUACAUACGGUGCGGUUCUCGCCAAAUGGGAAAUACCUUGCCUCGGGGGCGGAUGAUAAGAUUGUGUGCAUUUAUACAUUGGAUGCGAAUCCACCAUCUCAUGCGUCGACGUUUGGGUCCAACGAGGCACCUCCUGUGGAGAACUGGCGCACGAUUCGGAGAUUGAUCGGUCACGAUAACGAUGUUCAGGAUCUGGGAUGGUCGUACGAUUCUUCGAUAUUGGUUUCGGUUGGAUUGGAUUCGAAGGUUGUCGUGUGGUCGGGGACUACGUUUGAGAAGCUCAAGACCCUUUCUAUUCACCAGAGUCACGUCAAGGGCAUUACAUUUGAUCCGGCGAAUAAGUACUUUGCUACGGCCAGCGAUGAUCGCACUGUUCGGAUCUUCCGCUUUACAUCUCCUGCGCCGAAUUCCAGCGCUCAUGACCAAAUGAACAACUUCGUCCUUGAGCAGACUAUCUCCGCGCCGUUUUCGAAUUCCCCUUUGACGGCCUACUUCCGCCGGUGUUCCUGGUCGCCAGAUGGUAUGCACAUCGCAGCGGCCAAUGCGGUGAACGGCCCCGUCAGCUCGGUUGCGAUCAUCAACCGGGGCUCGUGGGAUGGCGACAUCAAUCUUAUUGGGCAUGAAGCACCGGUCGAAGUUUGCGCUUUCUCUCCGCGGUUGUACUCGCCCCAACCGAUCACCAAACCGGCAGUGGAUAGCCAAGGCCAGGUGGUGCACAACUCCGUCACGGUUAUUGCAUGCGCGGGCGGUGAUAAGUCACUCAGCAUUUGGAUCACCAGUAACCCGAGGCCUAUCGUGGUUGCCCAGGAACUGGCUGCCAAGUCCAUUUCCGACCUGGCAUGGAGUCCGGAUGGCAAAUGCCUUUAUGCAACUGCCCUCGACGGCACAAUCCUUGCAGUGCGGUUCGAAGAUGGGGAUCUAGGCUAUGCGAUGGAGAUGGAGGAGAAUGAAAGAUCGCUUACCAAGUUUGGCACGAAUCGAAAGGGCGCCGGCAUCACCGAGACCACGGACGGAUUGCUUCUUGAGGAGAAGAGUAAAGCUGGAGAGAUCAAGGGAGUCGAAGGUCGCAUGGGUGCUUUGAUGGGUGACGAUCAUGCGGCUGCAGACAGCACGGCCAAUGGAAAGCCUGGCUCAGGAGCAUCGAAUGGCGUCACGCCAGCUCGAGCAGCGUCCCCUACGCCGGAUACACAAAAGUCUCAGCCGAACGGAACCGCAGGCACGCCCGCAGCACAGGAGCCGGAGAAGCCCGACCCAUACCAGGCUAAGCUGGAAAGGCUGAAGCAGCGUCCAACGUAUACGAAGGAUGGAAAGAAGCGAAUCGCCCCCCUUCUGGUAUCGGGUGCUGGAGCGGCUGAAUCCUCUCUUCCACAAGCCCGACUCAUGGCGUCGGUCAGUAGCCAAGUCAAGGCCGACACACCGCAAUCGAUUGUGGACCUCUCCAAGCCUUUCGAUGGGCUACCCAAGGGUGGUCUGGCAGCCCUGCUUUUCGGAAACAAGCGCAAACUCGCUCAGUUAGAAGGGGAUGACGAUGGGCAGGUUGAGAAGCGCGUGGCGCUGGCCAGCCAAAACGGAGCCACCCCGAUUCUGGCAAGCACGCCCGACGGUCUACUUCCUGCUCAACCGCAGCCCGCUCCCACCGGUCAGCAACAAACGCCAGAGUUCAUUCGCCCAGCUGUUAUGAAUCCUUGCAUGGCAAUCAGUCAGCUUCGGUUGGCGGUACCGAAGGUCCGCAGUCAAAUAGUACGAGCCAUCGAUCCGACUGGGAAACCGACAGAGCCCAAUGCGCCGGGGGAAACCAACAAGUCGCGGGUUGACGUGGUUUUCGAAGCACGCAAUCCAUCUCCGGCCAGCUUGACGGGGCGUGCGAUUGAUCGAGAACCGGUGCGGCUCACGCUUUUCCGCGGCGAGCAGCCCUUGUGGCAAGACUUCCUCCCGCGCACUGUUCUUCUGGUAACAGGUAAUUUGAGCAUGUGGGCUGCAGCUUGCGAAGACGGAUCGGUGUACAUCUGGACGCCAGCUGGGCGUCGGCUAGUCAGCGCCUUGGUACUCGAGGCACAGCCAGUGAUUCUAGAGUGCAAUGGUCCCUGGAUUCUCUGUAUCUCAGCUGUGGGCAUGUGCUAUGUCUGGAAUGUGAAACAUCUUUCCUCUCCACAUCCGCCUAUUUCAUUGCAGCCAGUGCUUGAUGCUGCCGUUCACACUUUGGGCGCACACCCGAGCGCUGCGCCCGCCAUCACAAACGCCCGAAUCAACUCCGAAGGUCGUGUGGUGGUUGCUUUGUCUAAUGGUGAGGGAUACUCCUAUUCACCGUCCAUGUACACCUGGCAGCGGAUCUCGGAGUCUUGGUGGGCAGUUGGCAGUCAGUACUGGAACACCACGGAAGCGCCUGUGGGCAAUCUCCAGUCGACAGACUCGCAGGACAAAGACGCCAAGGCAGCUGUGUCGGCAGGAAUUGUUCCUUUCCUGGAGCGCAACACCACGAAUGAGACGCUGCUGCGUGGACGUGCCUACUUCCUUCAGCGACUGAUCAAGGUACUGCUGUCGCGGGAGGGAUAUGAGAGCUUCGAGUCUAGCGUUUCUAUCGCUCACCUCGAGAAUCGCCUUGCUGCCGCGUUGUCUCUAGGCGCCAAGGAAGAGUUCCGACUGUAUCUGUCGAUGUACGCUAAGCGGAUCGGGGCAGAGGGGCUGAAGAUGAAGGUCGAAGAGCUGCUGAAGGGAUUGAUUGGUGGGCUGUUUGAAGAGGAGGAUGCAGACGCGGUCCGCCGGUUACAGGACAACGAGCAGGACGACCGGAAUUGGCGCGAAAGCUCCGAGACCCUCUGUGGCUGGCCACGGGAGGUGUUGUUGAAGGAGGUGAUCCUUGCUCUUGGCAAACAUCGUGAUCUGCAACGUGUGACGGUGCCUUAUGCGAAGCUGCUGGGAGUUGUGGACAACGAGUCUGAAGCUGGAGAUGCCAUGGAAACCUAA